AUGGCUUUCACAACUAAAAACGUCAGCUUAAGCAAAGGUCCAGACCCAAGAGGUCUUAUUCAAACUGAAAGAGCUGCUUCUAAAUUUAAUCCAGAAAAGAUGAAUUAUUUUAUUGAAGGUAAUCAAGAAAGAUCUGAAUUAUUCAAGACUUUAAUUCAACAAAUGGAAAGAGACCCAGUUUUAUUUACUGAUUGUUCUUAUUAUGAUUUAACUAAGGAACAGCAAAGAGAGUUAACUGCUGCUAAAAUUAACAGAAUGUCUAGAUAUUUAGAAAAUGAUUCACUUGAUACCUUUCACAAGAGAUUAUCUAUUGUUGGUCUUUUUGAUCCACAAGUAAAUACCAGAAUUGGUGUUAAUUUAGGUUUAUUUAUCUCUUGUCUUAGAGGUAAUGGUACUUAUGAACAAUUGAAAUAUUGGGCUUUAGAUAAAGAAACUGCUCAUAUUAAAGGUAUCUAUGGUUGUUUUGGUAUGACUGAAUUAGCCCAUGGUUCUAAUGUCGGUGGUGUUGAAACUACUGCUACUUUUGAUAGAGACACUGACGAAUUUGUUAUCAAUACCCCACACAUUGGUGCUACUAAAUGGUGGAUUGGUGGUGCUGCUCAUUCUGCUACCCAUUGUUCUGUUUAUGCAAGAUUAGUUGUUGACGGUAAGGAUUAUGGUGUCAAGACUUUUGUCGUCCCAUUAAGAGAUUCUAAUCACGAUAUUAUGCCAGGUGUUUCCGUCGGUGAUAUCGGUGCUAAGAUGGGUAGAGAUGGUAUUGAUAAUGGUUGGAUUCAAUUCUCUAAUGUUAGAAUUCCAAGAUUCUUUAUGUUGCAAAAGUUCUGUAAGGUUGACAGAGAAGGUAAUGUCACUUUACCACCAUUGGAACAAUUAUCUUAUUCUGCUUUAUUGGGUGGUAGAGUUCUGAUGGUUUGUGAUUCUUUCAGAAUGAUUUCUAGAGUUUCAACUAUUGCGUUAAGAUAUGCUAUUGGUAGAAGACAAUUCAAGGGUGAUAAUGUUGAUAAAGAAGAUGAAAAUGCUCUUGAAACUCAAUUAUUAGAUUAUCCAUUACAUCAAAAGAGAUUAUUACCUUACUUGGCUGCUGCUUAUGUUAUCUCUGCCGGUGCUUACAGAGUUGAACAAAUUAUUGACACCGUUCUUGCUGAUUUGGAUGAUGCUGUUGAAAGCAACAACACCGGUGCUAUUAUGAAGUCUAUUACUGCCAUGAAGUCCUUAUUUAUUGAUUCUAGUUCCUUGAAGGCUACUUGUACUUGGUUAGCUGCUGAAGCUAUUGACCAAUGUAGACAAGCUUGUGGUGGUCACGGUUACUCUGCUUACAGUGGUUUCGGUAGAGCUUACAACGAUUGGGUUGUUAUGUGUACUUGGGAAGGUGAUAACAAUGUCUUAUCUCUUAAUGUUGGUAAGCCAAUUGUUAAGAACAUUAUUGCUAUUCAAGAUGAAGGUAAACUUGUCAAGGGUCCUUCUAGUUAUUUGAAUGAAGUUAACAACUACACCACAGGUGCUGGUUCAUCUGAAGUUAUCUUGGAUAAUGUUAAUGAUGUUAACGACUUUGACAAGAUUGUCAAGGCUAUUGAAGUUGCCAUUAUUAGAUUGGGUGCUAAUGCUGCCAAGCAAGCCAGACAAAAGACUUUGGAUUACACUGGUGGUGAAUUGGUUACUUUAUCUAAAUUGAAUGCUAACCAUUUCUUAUUAAAAGAAUAUGUUACCAGAAUUAAAGAUUUCGAUCAAAAGGAUUUAGUUCCAUUCUUGGCUAGAUUAGGUAAAUUAUACAGUGCUUCUUUAGUUUUGGAAAGAUUUGCCGGUACUUUCUUAACUUUUGGUGUUGCAUCUCCAGCUUUCAUGGCAGCAUUAACCUCUACUCAAAUUCCAAAAUUAUGUGCUGAAGUUAGACCAGAUGUUGUUGCAUUAACUGAUUCAUUCCAAUUAUCUGAUAUGAUGGUUAAUUCUGCUAUUGGUAAGCAUGAUGGUGAUAUUUAUGAAAACUACUUUGAAACUGUCAAGACUUUAAAUAAACCAUCUAAUACUCAAGCUCCAUACACUCAAGCAUUAAAGGAUAUGUUGAAUAGACCUUCUCUUGAAGUCAGAGAAAGAUAUGAAAAGACUAUUGAAACUGGUGAAAUCUUAUCUCGUUAA